ACUAUGUGUGGGAGGGAGAACGGGACGAGUGUGCUCAGAGAGAUUUUCACAGACGGAGAGAGACCUUUGGGAUUAGGCCUGUGCUGCGGGUUGGACGGGAUUACGGAUGCUGUGCGCUCUGCCACGGACUUCUCCAUAGGGCAUUUCUCCGUCUGCCUGAAGUGACCGACACAACCCACACGCCCCCAAUCCCGCUGAUUCCGGAGAUUUACUAGAUAUAUGGAAAAAUGGCCGACGUCCCUCAGAUUGUCAAAAUUGGGAUCUCCUUGAAGAUGCUUCCCAACAACACUGCGGUGUACUUCAAGUCCGACGGCGCCAGGUUCGGACAGACCCGGACGAUCAAGCUGCUGACUGGGUCCAAGUACAAAAUUGAGGUGGUCGUUAAACCAGGAGCGGUCGUGGCCACGUCGAUGAGCGUGGGUGGGGUGACCUUUCCCCUGGAGCAGCAGUCUAAAGACCCACAGUCGGUGGUCUAUACUGGCCAGUAUGACACAGAGGGACUAGCACAUACCAAGAGCGGAGAGAGGCAGCCAGUUCAAAUCAGCAUCCAGUUCUCGACAGUGGGAAUUUUUGAAACGGUGUGGCAGGUGAAGUACUACAACUACAACAAGAGGGACCACUGCCAGUGGGGAAAUAGCUUCAGCAGCAUUGAAUAUGAAUGCAAACCCAACGACACGUGCACUCUCAUGUGGAUCAACAAGGAGAUGUUUGUCUGACGGAGGACGGUGAAGUGUCUAAUGGUCAGUAUGUCAAGAUGAAAUCAAAACAUUUUUUGUUACUUCUUGUUGCCAAACGGAUGUUUGUAAUCUUAUGUCCUCCUUCUACUGGCGAUCUCCUCCCCUUAGGUUUUUCUGUCUUUUAAUUUAGUGUUUUCACACUUCCUAUCAUCUAUCUUAGAAAAUUUAAAGCUUUUUGUCCAUUUGAAAAGAAAAUCCAUCCUUUCCCUCCUUUACAACAUAAGACAAUGCAUCAGAUUUACUGCCAAACUGGAUUCAGUCCAGUUCAUGUCAAAUGAAUUGUUACCAUCUUUUCACAGUGGUUAUACAAAGGUGUCAGAAUCUAUGUUGCACAUUUAUGAAGGUUAAAAUUAAGCAUGUAGCACUUCUCAGCAACCUGAUUCAGCUUUAGUUAUGGACUGUAUUUCAUCAUGAUUCAGAGAUGUUUUGAGAUUUGUUUUUCAUGUACAGUUCGUUUGUGAUGUCUGGCCUGUUCAGACUUGUGUACGUACAGUACUGUAUGCGUGGGUUGUCAUGUGGGUAUUCAGCUCCAGUAUGUGUUUUACAAAUGGUGCUUGUACAGAUAGAAUUAUUUUUGUUUAUGUACUUGGAAGUGCAUGUGAAGAGUUUCACUCCAGAACAACUGUCCAUGUCAUUCAUGUCACACCAAUACUUAGAAAGCUGUUGCUGGCAUGACAAUAAAGUGUAUGUCAUGUUACAGUUUACCACUAUAACACUCCCCCCUCUUCAUCAAGUCCAGUGUUCCCCAUUUGUGACAUUUUAAUUUUAUUGGCCCAAGCAUGGCCAAAGAAAUCUCAGUGUUUAAAAUGAAUUCAAAUGAGAGUUUUUUUUUUAUUUUUAUCACAGGUUUUCGCAGUCUACUGCUUUGCAGUAACUUGUACAUAGAUAACAACAUAGAACUACUUUCAGUCUGUUUUCCUGCUACUUUUAGUUGUGAGAUGAAGACACCCCUGAUGAAACCCAAACCUGUCGGUAUCACAGGGGAGAUGUGAUACCGCAGUGUCACAGUCAGUGUUGGGGAGCAGUGAACUACAUGUAAUUAAACUUGUAGUUUAACUACAUUCUGCAGUAGCUUGCUGGUAGUUCAGCUACCUUCAUAUUUGCAUAGUGAUUCAAGUAUUUCAGUUACUUUUUGCCAUUUUUGUGCAGUUAACUACUGGAACUCCAAACAAUUUUAGGCCGUCAAGGAAAGUAAGUGUUUUUUAUUUCAGCAGGCUGCAUGUGGGCAGCUGUUCAGCGCUGGUACAGACACUUUCAGUGCCAAACAAAACUGCUUGUUGGGUAAGGACUUUUGAGAGGUAAGAGAUUCUGCUCUGACAAGUAAAAAGAUGAUUUAGACCAGUGUUCAAGCUGUUCACACUCUAAAAAGGUACAAGUUGUUUUAGUUGUUAAGAUUGUACAAGUCACAAGUCAGGUGUUACAAAACUGACAAAUGAUUCAAGAGGCCUGUUUUAUUAGACCAGUGCUCAAGUUGGUCAAAUGGUUUAAAAAGCAUCAAGUUAAAUGUUUUUCUCUUUACUGUUUAAGUUGUGGUCACACAAUCCAAAAAUGUGAAAAGCCCAGAUGUGGCCGUUUGAUUUAGGACAGGUUUAGGUCUCAGGUAAUAAAUACAACUGAGUAGCAUUUUUUUUUUUUUUGUGGACAAGUGACUUUAUAUUAUAUUUUGUUGUAAUUUCGUAUCACUUAUACAUCAUCAAUUGUAUCUUUUUUUUUCUGAAGUAGUUUGAACUACUUUUUCUAAGUAGCUUUAGUUAAACAGACUAGCGUAGCUUUGCUGUAGCUGAACUUCUUCUAGUAACUGGCAGCCACUGGUAGCCACCUCUAAACCAGGAACACCACACCAGAUUUAUAAAUAAAUGGAUAAAUGAUGUAUGUUUGGCUGAAGUUGAGCCUCUAUUUACAGCAUGUUUCUUCUGUCUACCUCUUCCAAAAGACUAAACUAUGAAUAUGUUUAUUUAAGAUGAAUAUUGUAUGUGAAAUAUUCAUAACAUAAACUGUUUGACAUACUUGAAAAAAACAGUUUUUUCCAUUUCUUGUGGCAACUCAAUAUUUAUACAGUGAAACAUUUGAAAUGUUUUCAUAUUGUUGUGUGUAUUUUGGUAGAAAUAAAUAUUUUCACUGAAUUGAUCUAUGCAAGAAAUCAGAGCAACAAAGUAAUGAAAUGGUGUAAUAUAGUGGUGAAAUGAAUAUGCGAUGGUUGUUUGUUUAUAAUGUUGUUCAUAGUAAAAUGGAAAAUCUACUGUAAACUAUUAA